UUGCUGGCACAUUUUUGGAAAAGACAGAAGUCACAAAUUUUCCAGCUUAAAUGUUCAAUAUUUUAUCCGCAAAACAGGAGCGGCAUCCUUGAAAUUUGGAUUGUAUCUUGUUUUUUGAACCAGAUUUCCAAUUUCGGCACCGGUAUAAUGGAUAACGAGCAGAAAAUUCUCGAACCAAGCUUGUAUGUUGUGAAAGCUUUACUGAUACUGGAUAGUGAUGGAAAUCGUCUGAUUGCAAAGUAUUACGAUGACACAUUCCCGAAUCUUAAGGAACAGAAGGCAUUCGAGCGCAGUCUAUUUUCCAAAACAAGCAAAGCCAGCGGAGAAAUCAUAUUGAUUGAUGGACUGACUUGUGUCUACAAGAGCAACGUGGAUCUCUACUUUUAUGUUGCGGGUAGCAGCCAUGAAAAUGAACUAAUGCUGACAGCAGUUUUAAACUGCUUGUACGACGCCACGCAAAAAGUUUUGGGAAAGAGCUUCGAGAAACGGAAUUUUAUGGACAACUUGGACUCGAUAUUUCUGAUUGUGGACGAGAUUGUAGAUGGCGGAAUUAUUUGCGAAAUCGAUCCGGAUUCCGUCACACAGAGAGCCGCGAUCCGCACCGAGGAGCAGCUGCCUUUAGGAGAGCAAACAGUGGCCCAAGUUUUGCAGACAGCAAAGGAGCAGCUACGAUGGUCGCUUUUGAAAUGAACCAGCACAAUUAUUUUGGUACUGAUUCGUUUACAGCUUUUAUUUUUGGCUGACGAUAAUUUCGUAAAAAAGAACAAAAAAUCAACAACGGAACUUUAACAAAAAAAUGCAUUGUUAUGAGGUGUUUAGAAUAACUUAUUGGUAAUUUGGGAUGGUGGCUCUUUAAAUCUCAUGCGGAUCUUUAUCGAUUACUGUAUUUUGCAUCGCCGCCAUAAUGAUGACUUAAAUAAACCGACGAAUAAG